GUGUGGUAUGUUACAUUUCAUAGUUUUUGAUGAUUUUUCUGUGUUUUUAGAUGCCAUGUUCCAGCAAGAGAUCCAGUGCAGCCAAGAAAAGGAUAUCUGCUCCAGAAGAUCAAGGAUCCACUGUUGAGAUGCCGAGGAAGAAGAACUGGCGGAAAGGGCGUCAUCACUUGGCUGCUGCUGCAACAUGUAGCGCCUUUUCUGAUUUUUCUCUAUCCACUGAUCCCCACUCUACCCCUUGUGAUAUCCCAUCUCCCUCUUCAUCCCCCACCCCAAGCUUCACCUACUCUGAUUUUCCUCCUCUUCCGACCUCUCGGUCAUCUAUCUUUAGGCCCUGUGACUCUCUUUCACAGUCUGUGCCUGUUGUGAGCUGCGAUAAUGUAUCGCAGUCUCUUUCAAGGACCAGUGGAGCAUCGUUCACACUGCCUCUGCAAUCUAUAAGGUGUGCAGCCAUUGGGGCAUACUGUUCUCACGGUGAAACUCUCAGUCACCAAGAAAAAACACUUGAUACAAAUCUUGCAAACCUUGAAACAUACACUAUUGUAAUACCUGAUGAAAUUAAAACUAUCAAAAGUCAUUCAACAAACUCUGUUGAAUACAUGAACAGUGGUGAGCUGUCCAACACCGUGCCUCCAAGCUGUCAUAACAGGUACAUACAAGGAUCUUUUCAUCAAGGACAUGUGAUGUUUGAAGAAAAUGCAGGUGUACAAUGUCUGACAAACAGUUUAACAGCAAUGUUGAUGAAUGAACUGAAAGAUGUGUGCACGUGGCAAAGUAGUGACCAUGAUAAUAUUCUUGUGAAUGGAAACAAGCUUUAUACGUCAGUGCAGAACCGCAAUCAGGUAAACCAUACUCAUCUUUUGGUAAGUGAUUUGCCAAAGUCUCAUGUGUUGCAUAAUGUAGAUUUUACAAUUAAUCUUGGACAAGCAUUUAGUGGCAUAGUAGGAGUACAUGAUUAUGAUCCAGAGUUGGCAGAUAUGUCAAUAAGCCUUUAUGAAGCACUGCAAAGAGCACUACUAGGAGAUGACAGCUGUUUUUUGCCUGACAUGGUCACCAGUGUGCAGCUCAGUUGUCUAAGGGGUGCCAUGCGUUCUGAAAGGUGGGGUAUGAACUUCGCCAUGUAG